GUUUGUUUCACGAGAAGAACCAAACAUUUUCAUGUUUCUGCAUAUAUCCGUGGACUGGAAAUGACUGUCAAAUAAUUGUCGCCAACUCAUGUGGAGAAGUGGCUCAAAUAAUGAAUAGGAAGCAGUCACUGGAUGGCGAAUACUGGCUAAAAAUUGGGAAUGUGGAAUUACAGGUUUACUGCCACAUGGCUGACAACAACCAAGACUGGACUCUUAUCGCUCGAUUCUCAAACAGCGAUGGCAAGAAUUGGAUGCGCGACGAUGGGAGAUGGUGGUAUGACCAGCCAACUGCUACUGGAACAACAAAUAACCCAUCCAUGAACAACGAUAUGAUCUCACCAGCAUUUUGGUUGGUCAGCGGUAGAGAAAUAAAGAUCACGCGCAGUGAUGACCCCAGCCACACUCCUCUGUUGCAGACCACAGGUAACUGUUUGGGUGGUCAAACAUUCCGAUCUAAAAUCACAAGUUAUGGCGACUUUAGAAAUGGUAAAGUCUGGGCCAGUGAUCAGUGUCUGGGAAAUUGUGUGAUUCAAUAUGGCGGACAGUACAACUCAACAGACGGGUUUCAACAGGCUGAGUGCAGUGGAAGCAUUCAAAGCGCCAACAGGAUCGGCUUCUGGUGUGCCUGGGGUAAUGGGGAUGGAUCAGUGAUGAUGAUUGGUGGAGGAGGAAGUGGCUGUGCACGUGCUGAUCAUGGGAUUGGAAUCACAGAAAAAGACGCUGCUUCUUUUGUUCUCCAUGGAAGCGCUGAAUAUGAAUCUGAAUAUGACUUUGGUUAUGGUGCUUACAAAGACAACGCUCCAUCACAGUCCUACUCGUUGAACUUAUGGAUCCAUUGAAAAUAAUCAAGUCUUUAAUUUUUCAAACUUAGUUCAGAACUGAAUAACUUUGUGGAGGAUGAACUUUUUCGUUUAGUGUCACAUUGUAAUCCAAGUCAGAAGAGCACUUUAAAUUGGUCAGUAAUAGCGCAUCUUUCUCCUCUCGUAACAAAGAUAAAAUAACUUGACCAUUACCUUGGUCGCAAUGCUUUAAUCUUUAAACAUUCUGUGAUCUGUACAAUCAACAAAUGAAUUGCCAUUAGAGCUUUUCGAGAAAAUCGAAUUCAUUAGAAUUACUGUAAGUCACACUUACAACUCAUCAAUCUUUCGAGGAAAAGGGAAGUACUAGUUGACGAUUGUUUAUUGAUGUCAGAUAAAAUAUACAAGAUAUGUUAAUUAGUUUAAUCAGUCAUUUCAUCAAGAAUUUCUCAAACUAUAUCGAGCACUUCGUGUUUUAUUAGAUUGGUAGAAAUAAUUAAAUUACAAGAUGAAUAAAUAAACGAUGUGAUAAAUAAACAAAACGCUUUGAAAUGAAGAAAAGGUCUGUGGUUCCUUGAUGUAUAGUAUCCACCA